GCGGUCUCUUAAACGUAAGUGAGUUACGGUCAAAGUUACGGUGUGUCGACGCGCGGGGCGGAUGAACAAACACCAAAUUUGCCGUAUCUCUAUAACUAGGCGUCUGGUGGUGCGGGCGCAAAUUGAGAACAGGGGGCCCACGUACCCCUCAGGCUCUAGGACGUGACCGAAACGAGUGGCGCCCCAAUCCGUUGAGCUAUGCGUUGUCAGUGUUUUCGUUCGCGGGCGUGGGCGUUCAGAGCCGACUUCGUAUGCGCUACCGGGCCCAAUCCUCCUGCGCGCGGGGCGCGUUUUUCCUAGGGGGUGGGUUAGUGUACCACUGCUAUACGGAUACCUACGGUACAUACCAGUAGACUGAAAGCUGCCCCGGCACCCACCCAUCCAUGGGAGGCGGCCGGUAGGGCUCCUCACGGACUGGGAGGCGGCCGGUAGCGCCUCGCGGACGCGAUGGCGGGCCUCCUCGACGAGACCUGGCCCGCGCGGCCGCUGGCGCUGUCGCGCCUGGCGCGGCGGCCCUGGAGCGCGCGGCUCGCGACGACGGCGCUCCCGCCCGCCCUGGGCGCCGCGCGCGACCGGCGGAGCUACCUCGAGGAGAACGACGACCUGCGGCGGGAGGGCCGCGAGCGGCUCUGGCCCUACUGCCUGCGGCUGAAGCGGACGCCGGUCGUCGACGCGCUGCUGAAGCGCGCGCGGCGCCUGGACGAGGCGGGGCUCGGGGCCCUCGACGCGCCGCCGCCGCCCUUCGUGGACCUGGGCAACUUCGACCCGCGGCGGCGGCUGCCGCGGCUCGAGCGGGCGCCCGUGGCGCCCGCGGCGGCGCGGUCGCUCGAGCUGGCGGUCACGAUGGCGCGGGACCUGGACGGGGACGACGACGACGACGGCGAGGCGGACCGGCUGCGCGGCCGGGGCCACCAGAGCUACCUCGCGCGGGGCGUCGACGUCCUCGCGAAGCGGCCCGACGAGCUGUCGCUGGCGCAGGUCGAGGCCGCCCUCCGGCGGACGAAGCGCGAGCUGCGGGCGGUGAACCGCGCGAACCAGGCCAUCCCCACGGACGCCCCCCGCAUCCCCGUCCCCAAGGAGUACCGGGACGCGGAGUACCCCGUGUCGCUGGCGCCCGACCUCGACGGCCGCCGGCGGCCGGCGCCGCGGGUGGUCAUGUUCCGGGAGGGCGACGUGUGGAAGCGCCGCCUCGCGAAGCCCGCGCCGCGCCACCGGCGGCCGCCGCCCGAGCCGUUCCGCAACUCGCUCUCGCGGCGGGAUCUGCGGCUGGCGCGCGACGGCGAGGAGCGCGACCGCCUCAACGCGGCGCACGCGGCGCGCCGGGCGCAGGAGGCGGCGGCGUACGAACGGAAGCAGGAGGCCGUCAGGCGCAAGACGCUGGCGCGCGGCGCGGCCGCGCACGCCAGGGCGCUCGACCGCCUGCUGGCGAACGCGGCCGUCGCGGCGGCGCGCGCGUCGCACGACGACGGGAAGGCGGCGCGGCGCCGGGAGCGGCGGGCGCAGCUCGCGUCGCUCGCGACCUACCGCCAGGAGCACCUCAUGGAGUGCCCGCACUGCGGCGUCGCGGUCGUGAUCGCCAAGCUCAGGGAGCACCAGGAGCGGGCCUGCGUCAACCAGGAGCGGCCCUGCAAGAACUGGACCCAGGGCUGCAAGGAGACGGUCCGGCCGCUGACGGCGACGUGGCACGAGUGCGCCGACCACCUGCUGCGGCCGCGGUCGUGCCUGUCGCUGCCCGGGCCCUGCGCCGCGCGGGCGGCCUACGUGGCCGUGGACGAGGCGGACCUCGAGGCGCCCUGGACGGCCGAGUUCUGGAUCCGCCGCGCGCCGGUCGAGCAGCCCGGGGGCCUGCUCGAGGGCCUCGCGCGCAAGGCGUUCCGGGCGGACGCGCUGAGGCGCCGCCUGGACGACGCCGUGCUGGCCUCCCAGGGCAAGGCGCAGGAAAUCGAGCGGGAGCUGGCCGCGUUCUUCGCGCAGCCCGACGCGGGCGGCAUGACGCACGACCAGGUCAAGGCGCACCAGGAGGAGCUGAUGGGCCGCAUCCUCGCGGCGACGGAGGCCGAGACGGACCGCAGGGUCGAGGCGUCCGUGGCGCGCUACACGGCGAAGGUGCUCGCGCGGAAGCUCGCGCGGGCGGUGGCCGACGUGGGCGCGACGCCCGGGGCCCUGGAAAGGACCUUCGCGCCGCUCCUGGAGGCGUCGCGGGCGGCCGCGCCGCCGCCGCCCGCGGCGGCCGACGCCGGCGCGCCGGCGCCGGCGCCCGGCGGCGACGCGCCCGGCGGCGACGCGCCCGCGGGGGCCGACGCCGGCGCGCCGGCGCCGGCGCCCGUCCCGGAGGCGCCGGUCGACGACGACGUGCCGCGCGAACCCUGCGCCACCGGCGAGGACCUGCGGGCGGCGGUCGCGGCCGUGCUCGCGGCGCUCGACGCGAAGCCCGCGUGGGACGUCGUCGUCGAGCAGCUCGCGGACAGCGAGACGGACUCGGACGAGGAGCGCGAGCUCCUGCGGGGCAUGACCGCGAAGGAGAAGCGGAAGUACCUGCGCGCCAAGAAGAAGCGGGCCGUCAAGAAGAAGCGCGUCAAGAAGCGCGCGGUGACGACGGGCAAGGAGUCGGUCGAGAAGCGCGUCAAGGACACGAUCUUGCGGGAGGACGUCGCGGCGGCGGGCACGGACGUGCUGCUGGCCGGCCGCGACUUCCGCCUGUGCCUCGAGGUGCCGCCCGCCGAGGCCGGGGCCGAGCCGUCGGACGCGUGGCGCGGCGUGCCCGGCGUCCACGUCAGGGGCAAGCGCACGACGCCCCUCUCGGACAAGAGCGUGCCGCGCGAGAGGUGGCUCCACGUCGCGUUCGUCUGCCGCGCGGCCGGGGACGAGCCGCGCCCCCGGCUCGAGCUCUUCGUGGACGGCGCGUCGGCGGGCGCGCCCGUCGCCGUGAAGAACCUGGAGCUGAAGCUGCCGAUGCGCGACUUCGGCGGCGACCGCGACUCGGUCGACGCGGGCUUCCACGGGCUGCUGCUGGAGGCGCGGUACUGGAAGGGCGCGCGGAGUCCGCAGGAACUCGUCGAGUACAUGCACCGCCUGCCGCCCGCCGACCGCCUGCAGCAGGGCAUGGUCGGCUGGUGGACCUUCGAGGAGGGCGAGGGCAGGUACGCGUUCGACCGGUCCGAGCUGCGGUACCGGUCCCGGAUCCAGGGCGGCUGGCGCGAGACGGAGCCCGAGAAGCGCGUCGCCUGGGCGACGCCCUUCGGCGACGCCGGCGCGCCGACGCCGGCGUCGCGCGAGGCGGGCGUCUGCCCCGUCGAGCUGCGCCUCGUGCGGCUCGCGGAGAAGGCGCGCCGCGCGCUGGAGCUGAUCCCGUGCGAGCGGUGCGGCGCGGAGGUGCUGACGCACGGCAUGCGCGCGCACGUGCGGAACCACUGCGUCUUCCGGGAGGUGCCCUGCGACCUGUGCGGCAAGCUCGUGGUCUUCAAGGACCGGCUGCGGCACCGCUACCCGGCCGAGGGCGAGGAGGCGGACUGCCCCGUGGUCGCGCAGCGCGACGCGCUGGCCGCGCGCCACGCGGGCGGCGACGUCGUGACGGAGUGCCGCCUGGGCUGCGGGGCCCGCCUGCCGAAGCGCGACCGCGCGCGGCACGAGAAGGAGCGGUGCCGGCUGCGGCCGGCGACCUGCCCGAACGCGGGCUGCGGCGCCGUCGUGGCCUUUGAACGGUUGCGGGACCACGUCGCGAACUUCUGCGAGGACCCGUACUUCGUCGCCAGGCGGCGCAUGAUCCGCAAGUACCGCGCGAUCCGCAAGUACGGCCGCCCGUGGGCCGCGACUCCCGACUCCGACGGCGAGUCCGGCGGGGACUCGGAGUACUAAUGCUUUGUGUGGUAU